AGUGCCUUUUUGUGAUAUGUUCUAGCUGGAGCCACGUCGUCUCGUCUCACUGUAUAUUCAUAUAGUGCUGAGAUGACAAUAAAGUUUACUUUGACUUUGACUACCUUGCAGGUCAUAUCUGCUACAUCAGGGACCCAUACACCACCCCAAUCCCAGUCUGUUCAAUUUAAUGGUGUGGUGGUUGAGGAGUCCUCUCUGCUGAAAGCUCAGCAACCGGUCUUUGAAAAAAUUCGUCACAGGGUCUGGGAGACCUAUUGGAAGUGGUGCCAUUUUCUAUACCGGUGGUACUCUGCAGAGAGGUCUGGACAUGGUCUUACAGCUCAGCUCCCUUAAAGUUCAGGUUUCUGCCCUUUCGCUCCUUUUCAAGCACAGACAGGCUCUGGAUGAUGCAGUGAAAUCAUUUCUACAGGGGUCUGCCAUUGUUGCCCCUCCCAGACAACCAUCUACACCCAACUGGGAUCUGAACAUAGUUCUAGAAGUCCUUCUGGACCCUCCAUUAGUGAUUUUGGAUUGGCUUACCUGGAAAAUGAAAUUUCUUAUGGCAAACUAAUCAGCGCGUAGAGUCUCAGAAUUAGGGGCAAUCUCCUGUGACCCCACACUACUAGUAUUUCAUAAAGACAAAGCGGUCCUGCGGACCAAUCCUUCCUUUCUUCCCAAGGGUGGGGCCUUUCACCUCAACCUGGAGAUUAUAGUCCUGUCCUUGUGUCUGGACCCCAAGAACGCAAAAGAAGAGUGACUACAUGGCCUAGAUGUGCACAAUGUGCACCCUGUUAAUCAUUCCCUUGGGCCCAGGACAACCGGCAUCUAAGGCUACCAUAGCAAGAUGGAUUCGGGAGACCAUUUGAAGAGCUUAUGUGGCUAAGGGCAGAUCUCUAUUUCGACUGAAGGCACAUUCCAUAGGGGCGAUGGGGGGCCUCCUGGGCCUGGCGCAACUCAAGCAGAUCUGCAGAACAGUGGCCUGGACCACAAUCCACACAUUCACCAAAUGUUAUCGCCUUGACACUUUCGAUUUGGCUGAGGCAGCCUUUGGCCGCAAGAUAUUGCAUGCCGUGGUGUGGCCCUAAAGGCCAAACCAAAUAAGUUAACUUCUGCCCUCCCUGUCUUUUAUAGGGGGUGCUUUAAGUCCCCACUUGUUCCUGUGUCCCAGGGAGACUGCAGAGAAAAUAGAAUUUAUGUACUCCCGUUAAAUCUGUUUCUCUCUAGUCAACAGGGGGGACACAGGACUUCCCACCCGAAUAAUCAUGUAUAUAGUUGGAAUAAUUUUCCUGUUAUUGUUCUUCUUAAGGUGUCCAGACUCUUGGUACCAACUGAUCUUACAGAGGAAGUGCUAGGGGUAAAGCUGGAGUAGUCCUGGCAUGCCAAAUUUCAUCUGUCAAUCAAGUGUCCUGCCUCCUGGAGGAGGGUGCUUUACCCCACUGGUUCCUGUGUUUCCCUGUCGACUAAAGCGAAACGGAUUUAAUGAAUGUGAAUAUGAAGAGAAGAGAGAUAUUACAACUGGUCUGGGAGGAACAUUAUGUUAUAAUAAUGAGACAAGCAAGUUUGAGGCUGAAGGAGCAGAUUUUUGUGACAAUGGAAAUCCCACAAACCCUGAAAUUUCUCCAUUGGAACAGCCCCCACCAACCAAUGCAAAUAAAGAAGUGGCUUCAUGGGAAGGGGGAAACCAAUCAGAUUGCAGUAUUAAUCCACUUACAGAACAGAUAAAGGGAACCGAUACUCCUAUCAUGGGAUGCAGCCUGAAUAACAGUGAGGCAGAUGAUAUAGAAGAGGAAGCUGCUUCAUGUGAAGAGGGAAACCAAUCAGAUUGCAGCAUUAAUCCACUUACAGAACAGAUAAAGGGAACAGAUAAACCUAAUCCUAUCAUGGGAUGCAACCUCUUAAAAAUGCAGGCUAAUAAAUAUGAUGAAAAUGCCGAUACAUCCGCACAUGAAUCUCACUUGACAAAAGAGAUUCUUCAGCAAAGAGACAUUGAUAGCCAUCAAAGAACCCACACAAGUGAGAAAACCUUUUCUCAUGGCAAAAGUCCUCAUAAUCAUCUUAACGUUCAUGCAGCUAAGAAACUAUUUCCUUGUUUUGAAUGUGGAAAAUGUUUUGCCAAGCCAUCACAACUUACUGUCCACCAAAGAACCCACACAGGAGAGAAACCUUUUUCUUGUUCUCAAUGUGGGAAAUGUUUUUUGACUCAAACUAACCUGAAAUGUCAUCACAGAACUCACACACAGGAAAAAACUUUCUUUUGUUCUGAAUGUGGGAACAGUUUUGCCUCUUCAUCUCAACUUACUAGACAUCUGAAAAUCCACACAGGGGAAAAACCAUUUUCUUGUUCUGAAUGUGGGAAAUGUUUUGCCACUAAAACAAAACUUAAUAUCCAUCAGACAAUCCACACAGAAGAGAAACCUUUAUCUUGUUCUGAAUGUGGAAAAUGCUUCAAAAUUUAUUCUGAUCUGAACACUCACUACAGAAUUCACACAGGGGAGAAACAAUUUUCAUGUUCUGAAUGUGGGAAAUGUUUUACUAGAGCAUCAGAUCUUACUGUCCAUUGUCGAUCCCACACAGGGGAGAAACCUUAUUCUUGUUCUGAAUGUGGGAAAUGUUUUUCCAGAUCAUCAGAACUUAGUGUCCAUCGUAAAACCCACACUGGAGAGAAGCCAUUUUCUUGUUCUCAAUGUGGGAAAUGUUUUGCCAUUUCAUCAAAACUCAAAAUUCAUCAGAGAACCCACACGGGGGUCAAACCAUUCUCUUGUUCUGAAUGUGGGAAAAGUUUUACCAGCUCAUCACAUCUUACUGUCCACCAGAGAACCCACACAGGAGAGAAACCUUAUUUUUGUAAGAAUUGUGAGAAAUGUUUUGCUACUAAAGCACAACUUACUAAGCAUGGGCGAACCCACACAGGGGAAAAACCUUAUUCUUGUUCUGAAUGUGAGAAAUGCUUUGCAAAUCAAUCUCACCUUGCUAGUCAUCGAAGGACUCACACAGGGGUGAAACCAUUUUCCUGUUCUGAAUGUGAGAAAUGUUUUCCAGACCAAUCUCACCUUAAAGAACAUCUCAGAACCCACACUGGAGAAAAACCUUUUUCGUGUUCUGAAUGUGGGGAUGUUUUUGCCAGUUUAUCAACCCUUCAUGUCCAUCAUCGACGAACCCACACAGAAAAGAAACCUUUUUCUUGUUCUGAAUGUGGGAAAUGUUUUCCCACUUCAUCAGAACUUACUAUCCAUGGACGAAUCCACACUGGGGAGAAACCUUUUUCUUGUUCUGAAUGUGGGAAAUGCUUUCCACGUAACAUUAAUCUUAAAGAACAUUUAAAACUGCACAAAGGAGGAAAACCAUAAGUUUUUUUUCUCUGUGUAAAAUGUUUAUCAAAUCAGGCAUACGUUUGGCAAUAAUUAUAUCCUAAUAUGCAUUUCGAUAUGGGAAGAGAAGAAAAUUGAAUUGUUGGGAAGUCUGUAAUAGCGGCACUUGACCCUAUGGAAGAUCCGAUUAAGUAAAGUGUGUAUUUUUUUUCUGCAGUGAACAGAAUGCUUUAAGUACUUUGGUGGUGAGGUUUCUAAUGAAUAUUGUAUAUACCCUGAGCUGUAUAUGGAUCCAUUGUUGCCUCACAUUAUUAGGACAGGGGAUGCAUAGAAGAAGUUACCCCUAUAUAUUUAAUUUGUUUAAGAUUAAUAUAUAUAAUAAAGAUAUACAUGUAUUUAAUGCUCCAGAAAAUGCACUUAUCAGUUGGAUUAAAAAAUUGUCUGGGUAAACUCUUGGCUAAUGUAAAACUCGUACUGCCCCAGUUGAAGGAGGCCUAGAUUUGUGCAGUUAUUGUAUCACCUGUCAACUCAUAUACAUUCAUGGUUUCAUUAUUCAACAAAGGAGCCUUUGGCUGGCAGAGAUCCACAAAUAAGUCAGCUAGGGCAUGCUUUUACACGCUCAGGCACUUGGCUAUCAUAAAGAUAUUUAAUUUUAUUUCAAUAAAGUUUUUUUCAUUUGA